AUGGCACCUAAGAAAUGGUUAAACAUACUUGUAGAUGGCAGCUCAGCCUUGGGUCCAUACUGGCCCAACAUUGUUUCAGAAUAUCUCGAGAAAAUUGUCAGGACCUUCUUUUACAACUCAAUAGAAGAGGAAGCUAAUGAAGCACCAUGUGAGUUGGGUCUAGUCAUGUAUAAUUCCAACUCCAAUACAGGGUUGGACGUCCAAUAUAUUCAUUGGACAAGAGAUGUGAAUUAUUUUUUAGACAUUUUAUCAUGCUUAGCUUUUAAUGGAGAUAAUCUAAACCAACAUGCUAUGGUGGAAGGCCUUGCAAAGGCCCUAAUGAUGUUUCCAAGGCCUUCUAAUGUAAUGACAGCACAAGAGUACUAUAAUGGAGAAAGACAUUGUGUUGUUGUAGCAGCAAGAGAUCCAUUUCCUACGAGAAUGUUGGUCUCUGUACCUGAGAUUACUAAAGAAGGAAUCAUUGGGACAAAUUUACAUUAUGUAAAUGCUGAUUUUUACGAGGUGGCAGAAAUGUUUGGUCCGUUAGCAGUGUCCCUAUCAAUAAUAUCUCCAAUUCAACACCCAAUUUUUGAAGUGAUAUUCAACGUGGCAAAUGAUGGUUCUAUAGUAUCAACCAGUCCCAUAUGCAGUACUAGAAUGGAUCAAUUUACUGUUUUACUGUCAAGAAAAUUUAAAGAGGCACAUGAUGCCUUUCGAGGGAAAAGGAUAAUGGAUCCAAGCACAGAAGAAUGGAUAGAAUCAAUGAAGAGAACAAAUAACACUCGAUUUCCCAUAAACUUUGCUAACCACUGUCAAGCAAUGGUAUCCACAACACCAACUUUGACAGCAGGAGAGGGGUCUUCAAAAGGAGUGGUUAUGGAAGAAAGAGACAACAUGGGUGUUCUUGGAGGCAUGUCAAUGUUGCCUGGUUCAACUGGAAAUUCAUUGAAUGUUCAACCAUAUGCUACUAACAAUGGUGGUGGUGGUGGUGGUGGUCACCAACAUUUUCAAUUUGGUAGAUCUGCAGUGGGAUCAAGCACUAGGGCUCCUCCUGCAUCUGCAACACCUCAAUUUAAUCACACUAAUACUUUGCCUUUCUCACCAUCUUUUACAAACUUUCAACCCUACGUGCAUGCAUGGGAGGGAUGUUUGGUUGGAAAUAUUCACAAUAAUCGCUCCUCCAUUCUUAUAGCAAAGGCUCUCAAAAGAGAAACAUCGCCUUUAACGCUCACUGAGAAUUGGUCUAGUAGGCUAGAGAUUAUCCUCUAUUUAUCAGAGAAAGCUGUAUCCCAUACAAUAAAUAUUUAUAGUGAGCCUGUAGAUUAUGUGUUCUUCAGUAUAAUGCAAUUCAACAAUCUUGACUUAUACGAACAUCUGAAGAACAAAAAACUGUGUGCGAAAAUUCGUCUCCCUUCUCAAACUUUGAUCUUAUCUGCAACUGAAAGCAAAGACCACUACAUAGGAACAAUUUUCCUUGGGGAAACCAUAUUUGUUGAACCUAUCUAAGCAUGCAUGUGAUUCUCUGAAGAGAAGAUAGAAGAAGAAGAUCAUGUUGUGGGAACAAGAAGAACAUAAUCAAACACCAUGCUUCUCUUCACUGCCCUAGUUUUCAUAGAAGACAGCUUAGUAUUGAAUCUGUCAUGAAUAAGAUAUCAAUUUUUUGUUUUUAUGGUUUCACAUGUAACUUUCAGAUGUUUUGCAAACUAAUGAUUCAGAACUUUGAA